CGUCGCUUCCUCAGUGGGACCUUUUCCUGGUUUUCUCAUAACUGUCACUUUAUCUAAACAUGAUUCCUACUGCUGUUCUACGAUCGCCGGGCAUGGUUCAAAAAGUCCUCAAGAGCUUUCAAACCGAGGGUGGUUAUGACAUGCUAGUUCUCCCAGGGCUUAGAGUUCUCGAUAGUGAAGAAGGUCGAGUGCGUGCCGAGUUUACCGUUGAAAAGCAACACUUGAACCGGUUAAAGUCGGUGCACGGCGGGCUUCUCGCCACGGUGGUCGAUGUCGGUGGAUCUUUGGCUUUGGCUUCCAAGGGAAUGUAUGCCACCGGUGUGAGCACGGAUAUCAACAUCAGCUAUAUUUCUGGAGUCAAGGAAGGCCAGGUCGUCAAUGUGGAUUGUCGCUGUGACAAGCUCGGCAAAACGUUGGCAUUUACCAGCGUAGACUUGUCAUCCAAUGGUCGCUUAGUUGCGACCGGCCGCCAUAGCAAGUUCGUUGCCCAAGCAUACUCACAUCCUGAAAAUGAAAUCGGAAAGAAAUAGAUAUCAGCCAUAUAUACUUCCACAAUAGACUAGCUUUUUGUUAAACGCUCUACUUUUUGCAGCUUUAUUAUCUUUUAUCUUUGAAAUUAUUGUACUUGUGCUGUUUGGGGUAUGUGGAGGAAGGUAUACAAGCAUCGAC